AUGUCUUCAGCUAAGGGAGUAUCCAUUGGCAUUGAUCUUGGCACCACCUAUUCUUGUGUGGGCGUAUUCCAGCAUGGCAAAGUGGAGAUAAUUGCCAACGACCAGGGAAACAGGACCACUCCCAGCUAUGUGGCCUUUACUGACACGGAGAGGCUCAUUGGAGAUGCUGCCAAGAAUCAGGUUGCCAUGAACCCCACAAACACAAUCUUUGAUGCCAAGCGUCUUAUUGGCCGAAAGUUUGACGACCCUGUUGUGCAGUCUGAUAUGAAGCUCUGGCCUUUCAAGGUUGUAAACGAUAAUGGAAAGCCCAAGGUCCAAGUGGAGUACAAGGGAGAGAACAAGGCUUUCUACCCGGAGGAAAUCUCCUCCAUGGUCCUGGUGAAGAUGAAGGAGAUAGCCGAGGCUUACAUGGGACAGAGGGUGUCAAAUGCAGUUAUCACAGUUCCAGCUUAUUUCAAUGACUCUCAAAGGCAGGCAACCAAGGAUGCUGGGGUGAUUUCUGGACUCAACGUACUGAGGAUCAUAAAUGAACCCACGGCAGCAGCAAUCGCCUAUGGCCUGGAUAAAGGCAAGCGAGGAGAACGAAACGUCCUGAUCUUUGAUCUUGGCGGGGGUACUUUUGAUGUGUCCAUCCUGACCAUUGAGGAUGGUAUCUUUGAGGUAAAGGCCACAGCUGGAGACACCCACCUUGGUGGGGAGGACUUUGACAACCGCAUGGUCAAGCACUUUGUGGAAGAAUUCAAAAGGAAAUACAAAAAGGAUAUCAGCCAGAACAAGAGAGCUGUGAGGAGGUUGCGAACAGCUUGUGAGAGAGCCAAGCGAACCCUGUCUUCCAGCUCCCAGGCCAGCAUUGAGAUUGACUCUCUGUUUGAGGGGAUUGACUUCUACACCUCCAUCACAAGAGCACGCUUUGAGGAGCUCAACUCUGAGCUGUUUAGGGGAACAUUAGAGCCUGUUGAGAAGGCCCUGUGUGAUGCCAAAUUGGACAAGAGCCAUAUCCACGAUAUUGUCCUAGUCGGUGGCUCCACAAGAAUCCCCAAAAUCCAGAAGCUGUUGCAGGACUUUUUCAAUGGCAGGGAACUGAACAAGAGCAUUAAUCCAGAUGAGGCGGUGGCCUACGGUGCCGCAGUCCAGGCUGCCAUCCUAAUGGGCGACACCUCAGAAAAUGUUCAGGAUCUGCUGCUGCUGGAUGUUGCUCCUCUGUCACUGGGAAUUGAGACUGCAGGUGGAGUUAUGACGGCUCUGAUCAAACGCAACACCACCAUUCCCACCAAGCAGACCCAGAUCUUCUCCACCUACGCAGAUAACCAGCCAGGGGUACUGGUUCAGGUGUAUGAGGGUGAGAGGGCCAUGACCAAGGACAACAACCUCCUGGGCAAGUUUGAUCUCACGGGCAUACCUCCUGCUCCUCGGGGCGUACCACAGGUGGAGGUGACCUUUGAUAUUGAUGCUAAUGGCAUUCUAAAUGUGUCAGCCGUGGACAAGAGCACCGGCAAAGAGAACAAAAUCACUAUCACCAAUGAUAAGGGCCGACUUAGCAAAGAGGAGAUUGAGCGAAUGGUACAGGAUGCUGAAAAGUACAAGGCUGAGGAUGAUAUGCAGAGGGAUAAAAUAGCUGCAAAGAACUCGUUGGAGUCCUAUGCUUACAACAUGAAGAGUUGUGUGGAGGAUGAAAAUAUGAAAGGGAAGAUUAGCGAGGGUGAUAAAAAGAGGGUAAUUGAAAAGUGCAACCAGGCUAUCUCCUGGCUGGAGAGCAACCAGCUGGCUGAGAGAGAUGAAUAUGAACACCAACAGAAAGAACUAGAAAAGGUGUGCAACCCAGUCGUGUCCAAGCUGUACCAGGGAGCGGCCCAGACAGGAAGCUGUGGCAGUCAGGAGGGGGCCAGUUCCAAGGGUCCCACCAUUGAAGAGGUGGACUAAAUAAAAUUACUCUUACCAAAGUCCUCAUGUGAUGUUUACAGAAACCCUUUUGCAGUUUGACUGUUCGAUAUAAUCAUGCCUUUCAUUUCAUUGUUUAUUCUUGACUUGUCACAAUAAA